ACCAUUCCUGCAUUCCAGCACUAGCGCUGGCCGCGACAGAUCACGGUUCUUUCAUUUACACCUUCGGAGACUAAUACUACGAAUCCGUCAUUGAGCGUGCGUGUCUUAGGUAUCUAGAUCGCACUAUUGGGGGGUUGAUGCUCGAUUCCUAAACUGGCCAGUUGGCUUCUUUGUUUUCGCUGGCACCGUGGGACUUGGCGUUGCCCUGGAGACGAUCAGAUUUGAACGGUUGCUUCCGUCUCUGACGAAAGUCAGUGGGAAUCAGCAAAAUCCGGAUUCUCGCUUCAACUCUGAAGUGCCAGUUCAGUGUCCACUGUCGACCGCCAAUCGACUGCAGUGGCUUCUCUUUCUCCCCCGGAUUUUUUUCUGCCGCAACACCCUCCAUCCAUCUUCAUCUUCAUUCCCUCCCACACACCAUUACCCCUCUUUCCUCCCGUUUGGUGGCGUUGAUCAUCAUCAGGAGCACUUUUCAUCAUGGCGGACGGGUUGGAUUAUCUGGCUCCCGACUUCGAUCUGAAUUCGCUUACCGUACCGCGUCUUCGGUCCAUCCUUGUUAACCACGAUGUUCCCUAUCCAGCCUCAGCCAAGAAGGCGCAACUCAUCAGCCUUCUCGAGACAGAGGUCUUGCCUCAGGCCAAGAAGUUAUUGCGCGAGCGGGAACGGGUGAGGCGGACGAGUGAGGGAAUCACGGAUAUGGGCAGUCGCGCGUCAUCCGUGGUGAGCGAUUAUAACGACCAAAAUCAUGAAUCUGGCAGAGAGUCGAUGCCUCCCCCGCCUACACCCUCCACUGUUUCGACAGCUACUGGCGGCCGGCGCGCACGCUCCAAGUUGAGCACCAGAGCAUCAACGGUGGACACGGAGGAUGCACAUGUGUCGGCCACGCCUUCUACGAGCUCUAGAAGAGCUGCCCCCAAGUCAACUAGCAAACGCUAUCGCGCGUCUGACACGGAAUUGCAUGAUGACCUGUUGGCCACUCCGGUCCCGUACAACACGGCUACGCCCCGAAAAUCUUCCCGCAAACCACGCAAAAGUGAAAUGACCCCUGCUGCCGAACCGCACCAUGAACCUGAACCGCACCCUGAACCAGAUGCUGAACCGAAGACACCCUUUUCAGCAAUCAAGCUGGAACCCAAGGAAGAGAGUGUUUUUACGGAUGACAAUCCCUUCCAAAGUGGAUCGCCAGCCCGUUGGGAGCACCGAAGCCCAAGGACUUCUAGUAUUGGCCGCAAGAGCGUCUCGCGAUUUUCUUUGGAGUCCCCUGCUGCAAGCAACGGCCUACGUCCCAGGAGAUCGGUAACACCAAUGGAGAUGCAUGCCGACCAUGGGUUUACUCCGUCAAAGCGAUCCUCCUUCGAAUUUCCCAUCCCCAAGCCCAGGUCCCCCCAGCAGUCCAUGGAGGUGGACAAAUACGAGGAUAGCGAUAGUGAGAUCAGUGCCGGUGAAGAGUUCACGCCUGAGGAGCAGUUGGCGCUCGAGGAAGACCGGGCUCACCUCAUGUACCCGCCCAGCAUCCCCAGCACUCGGCCGCAGAAACCGCGGACAGCGAGUCGUGCUGCGCCUUGGAUAAUUAUAAUCGCUCUUUUCGCUAGUUUUGGUGCUUGGUGGCGCAAAGAAAAGAUAGAGAUUGGAUUCUGCGGUAUUGGAAAGCCUACCUGGUCAUUGGCGGAAACCCGGGUACCUGAAUGGGCCAACGUCCUCGAACCGCAGUGCGAACCAUGCCCUCCUCAUGCUUUCUGCUACCCCAACUUUGAGGCUCGCUGUGAGCAUGACUUCAUCCUCAAGGCACACCCUCUCUCCCUGGGUGGAUUGGUGCCUCUUGCACCAACGUGUGAAGCCGACAGUGAAAAGGCACGCCGAGUCAAAGCUGUUGCCGAUAGAGCCCUUGAGACUCUCCGGGACCGCCGGGCCAAGUGGGAGUGCGGUGAAACUGCGCACGGCGACCAGGCUGAAAAGGGUCCCGAGAUCAGUGAAUCCGAGCUGAAGCAGGAAGUUGGCAACAAACGCCGUAAGGGGAUGAGUGACGCUGAGUUCGAUGACCUGUGGAAGGGAGCGUUGGGCGAGGUCGUUGGCAGAGAGGAAGUUGUCACUCGAGUCCAACAACCAUCUUCUGUCCUCACCCUCACGUCCACCUCCGUCAGCCGGAUCCCUCUCACCUGCGCGUUCCGCCGCUACGUCCGACUCUCUCUCCUCGCGUAUCGACUCCCUAUUUCAAUUCUGACUCUGGCCGGAUGUCUGAUUCUUUAUGUUCGCUCGAAGAUUCGGGCUCGGCGCUCGGAUAUGGCUCGAGUCCCCGAACUCGUGGCCACAACGCUCGACCGUCUCGCAACCCAGGCGGCUUUACAUGCUCGCGGGGCGGCCCGAGAGCCGUACAUUCCCAUUGGACAGCUCCGUGAUGAUGUCCUCCGGUCUGAACUGCGAGGAAGUCGGCGCGAGGGGCUUUGGAAGCGUGUGCGCAGUAUCGUCGAGGGCAAUGCCAAUGUUCGGGCUGCGGUGCGUGAAGGUCGCGGAGGAGACGUUGCUCGCGUGUGGGAAUGGAUUGGGGGGAUCGCCAGCGUCCGCAACGAGAUUGAGAACAGCAGCACCAGCACCAGCACUGGUCGAGAUGUGCACAAAGUGCAUUUCUCGCCUUCAUCACCUGAGGACGGUCGUCUCCUGGCCAGCCAGGAUGCUACGCCUGUGCCGCGAAAAUGGGAUGAAGGCCGCCCUAUUUACUGA